GAUGGCAUUCAAUGAAACUUGUGGCUUGAUUUCCACGAGGAGGACACAGUCACAGCCUUGAUUAUACUAAGUGCAGUAGAGCCAGGUUUCGAUGGGGCGCACAGGGGACUCAUGUGACUGCUGCCGCCAGCAGCAAGAAUGCCGCCAGCAAAAACUCCAUUGUACUCAGUAAGAGGAAACAUAUUUAAAAGCUAGGUUCCCCCCAGCAAGACUUCUUCUCCUCAUCCCAUCCCCAUUCAUUCACAAUCCCUCUGACCCUUACAACCGGAAUCCAUUCUUUCCCUAAAUAAACUAACCAAAUAAUUAAAGUAAGACUUGAGCAGCCUAAAUAUCAGGACUUUCAGGUUUCGUUCGCUAUGCAUAUCACUAGUCAAUCUAUUCUAUUUGCCAUUGGCCUCCUUGGCUUCGUUGUUGCCGAUGGACUGCUUCCACAAUCCACCCCGAUGACUGAUGACCACUCGUCGUCAAAUCCCACCCCAUCUACCACCAAACCUAAAAAACCAAAACACUCCCAAUGUUACAACUACUUCUUGAAUAAAGACAAAUGUGUUUUCGCUGCCAAGAAAAAAUCCGAGCGUUGCCCGGUGGAUUCCAAAGAUCAAUGUGGACAUGCGAUCCCUACCGAUAUGCCAAUUGUCUUCAAGUCAAAACACAAGCAUUCUUCCCAAAGUACCAUGGGACUCGAGAUCGGCCCCAACGGUAUCAACACCUUUGCUUCAAAAUCUGAAGAAGAUGAGGCAUCAACCGAGUUCUCGGCUGGAGUUCCCUCCAAGAAACUGGUCCGUCGGUACGACUCUGAAUUGGAUUCAUUUCCUAUCGCUGGUGGUGAUGGGAUCUGUGGUAACUACAAAGACACCGCGCCCGGUGUGUGUCUCUGGGCAUCUGCGGCCGAUGUCCCUGGCUCACUCAGUGGUGGAUGGAUAAACGGAACCUUCACCAAACCGUGUGGCCGUCAAGUUUUCAUCCAACGAAAGGGCUUCCCCGAACACACUGUUUAUGCCCCAGUUGUUGAUGGUUGUACCUUCAAUGCCACUACCGAGGAGCCGGGAUGUUUCCGCAUUGCGUUCACCCAAGCAACCUUCAAUGAAUUGAACCCAACUCAAAAGGAAAUAGACGACAAGAUCAUCCACGAAUUGGUUUGGGAUUUCGACAACGCACUUGGGACAAAACCCGAGAAUGCCGCUAUCUAAAGUAGCGUCACUUUGCACAAUGGACAACUUUUUAGCUGAUAUUCAUAUUCUCAUUGUUCUCUUGGGCUAGCUUCAAUCAUUUAAAUAAAUAGUAAAAAAAGCCUUGCUUCAGUUUUGUCACUUGCUAUUUUUGUUGUCAAUUCUCGGAAUAGAAAACAUCACUUGUGCUCGCA